AUGGCAAAGAGUCCGACUCAUCAUUUGAACAGACCACUCCAUUCAACUCUGGGUGCUCAUAAAGGACCGAUCUUUGCGUUGCGAUGGAAUCCCUCUGGUGACCUUGUUCUUUCAGCCGGUGUUGACAAAUCAACAAUUGUUUGGGAUCCAAUAAAAAGUCAAAACAAGCAACAAUUUCAAUUCCAUUCCGCGUCAACUCUCGACGUUGAUUGGAUCUCCGACGACACUUUUGCCUCUUGUUCCACCGAUCAAACGAUUAAUGUUUGUAGAGUUGGAUUUGAUCGACCGAUUCGCACGUAUACGGGUCACGCUAGUGGGGUGAACGCUGAACGGUUUUUUCUAGAUCACAGUUUG